AUGGCGCCAGCAGCAAAGUCGUCGGUUUUGCUUGACGUGAAGCCGUGGGGCGACGAAACCGACAUGGCCAAGCUGGAGGAAGCCGUGCGUGGCGUCAGCAUGGAAGGCUUGACCUGGGGUGCAUCCAAGCUCGUUGAGGUUGGAUACGGGAUGAAGAAGCUGCAGAUAAUGCUGGCCGUCGUCAACGACCUCGUCUCCGUCGACGGCCUUAUCGAGGACCACCUCUGCGCUGAGCCGAUCGACCAGUACGUUCAGAGCUGCGACAUUGUGAGCUUCAACAAAAUCUGUAAGCAAUUUCGUGCCUGCUUUGAGAUUCCUCGUUGCGUGCUAGCGAUGGCGGAGAAGAUUAGUAUAUGCCCUAGUUAG